AUGAAUACCGCGUCCGCCGAGGCUCCUAAGCCCAGCGAGUCCUUGCCGCACUGCUACCUACCGGGCUACGCCCCAAUGUCCGUCUCCCCUUCCCGGUUUCAAUCGCCUCCCUCUCAAGCAGCAUUACCGCGACAUACCCCUCCGCCAGCGCCUGGUCCAAAGGCCCUGCCGCGCCCUCCUGACUCUCACGAGAGGUACGCCGACACCCUCAACACUGUGGCCCUUCCGGACUCAAAACACCCGCUGGUUCAAGACCUCGUCUGCAACAUCAUUGAAGAAGACGUCACCACCUCCAACGAGCUCGCCCGUCUUGUCCAUACCUCGAUCGCAGGAUACCCCCGAACGCGACAUGCCGACGUACGAGUCGAACUUGGCCUCCAGCUUCCAAAGAUCCAGACCGCCCGCGACUGCACCGUUGCUGCCUUGAGCGCCGAUCAGAAAGCAACUCUCGAAUCGCAGCUCGAGGUCCAGAAGCGAGCAAUGAACGCGGCAAGCCGGAGAGAGAAAUACAUAAGCUUUCUUGACGCGACCUGGAAUGGCCGGGCGGCAUGGCUGCGCCCACCAUACUACAAACGGUCAGUCCCCCCCGGGCUGAACGUUGUCGGCUGCAUACGAAGCAUCACCAUCUCGGCCCUCAGCAUCCGGCUCCCUCUCGAAAGCCUCUGGUAA